CCUCCUCCUCGCUUCCAGAUUAAUUUUUAUGACCCUCCUCUCUGACACAAUUCCCCACUGACUCCCCCACCAUGCGCGCUCCUGCUCGCAGCUCCAGGCCAAUAUAUUGGGGGGCGGCAUGGAGGAGAGCCUGCUGGCUCGGGCGGAGGCUCUGCAGGCGGCGGCUGACAGCAUCCUCGUCUCCCAGGCAAGGAGAGACGCCAGCUUCCAUACCAUGAGCGGCGUGCCCUCCUGCACCGCCGCCUCCUCCUCCUCCUCUUCCUCCACUGUCUCGUCCAUCAUCGCCUCGCACCAUCACCACAACUUCCAGAGCCACCAGCUGGGACCGAGCCUGGAGGCCGGGGACCUACUGGAGCACCUUUCCAGUAGCCUGGGGGUGACUGGGAUGGGCGCACCCGAGCAGGGUGUGACGCACCACCACCAGCACCCUCAUCACCACCAUCACCACCACCACCACCACCUCCAGACCAUGGGGCAGCUCCACCAGGCCAUGGCGGCCAUGGGCCACGCGCACCCGGCCGUCCCGGCGCACAGCGACGUGGAGUCGGACCCGCGCGAGCUGGAAGCCUUCGCCGAGCGUUUCAAGCAGAGGCGCAUCAAACUCGGCGUGACUCAAGCGGACGUGGGCUCGGCCCUGGCUGACCUCAAGAUCCCCGGCGUUGGCUCCCUGAGUCAGAGCACCAUCUGCAGGUUCGAGUCGCUCACGUUGUCGCACAACAACAUGAUCGCUCUCAAACCCGUGCUGCACGCCUGGCUGGAGGAGGCGGAGGCGGCGCACCGGGACAGGAGCGCCGCUGCGCCGGAGCUGCUGGCGGGAGGGGGCGGCGGCGGGGCGGAGGACGCAAGGCGGCGGAGGCGAACGUCCAUCGCCGCCCCGGAGAAGCGCUCCCUUGAGGCCUACUUCGCCAUCCAGCCAAGGCCGUCGUCGGAGAAGAUCGCCGCCAUCGCCGAGAAGUUGGACCUGAAAAAGAACGUGGUGCGCGUAUGGUUCUGCAACCAGAGGCAGAAGCAGAAGCGCAUGAAGUACUCUGCCGUGCACUGACUUCAAAGGUGUCGUCAGCUGCUUUUUUCCAUUGGUUCAUAAUGAAAACCCCAUUGGAUUAAUUCAACACGGCGGCUCUUCACUUCUGAUAUUUGGGAUUAUCUCCUCCAUUUUUCUUCAUUUUAUUGCACUUUUUCUGCGGGGGGGUCCUUAAAGUUUUAGGGUCCAAGGGAAAUCCAACACCUCAUAAUUUUAUGUCAUUUACACGUGCGCUAUUGAAAUGAUAUAUUUUUUAGACUUUUUAACUAUAGGUGCAACAAUCAAUAUAUUACUCAACAACGAGUCAAUUCUCAAAUUAAUCGAUUGAUAAUCGAUUAAUCGUUUUGAGACCUUGUUGAAUUUAAAAUGUUCUUUCUCUGAUUUCCAGAGGCCUACCUAAAAAUCAACGGAUUAUCUUUGUGGUGAAUCAAAAUAAGACACGUGAAAACAUCUGCUUUUACUUUGG